AUGAUUCUGGUGAAGUUCCAGUCUGACACCCUCCAGAUAUUGCCCUUCUGUGCAGAUACAGCCCUCACUGCAGAUGGGACCCAGCCUCUCGGCCUCAGGCAGCGGGCGGUCUCCGCACCGCCGCUGGAGCUGGGCUGCCGGGGGCCUUGGACAGUGGGAUGCGCCGGCCGAGACGCCCCGGAGUGUGGCUCCGGCUCCAGCCUCCACUUCUACGUGCUCUGGUCGCUGCAGGAGCCGCCCCGGCAGCUCAGCAGCAAAUCCAGCCGGAUGUGUUACCAGAUUCAGCUGCCUCUGCCGUUGCCAAAACAACUUGUAAUCUUUGGCUUGGGUGACUGGAAUCGUUAUUCCCAAAACACAAGCAUCACUGUGGAGGUGCUGGUGAAUCCAGAUGUCAAGCCACAAAGGAUUGGCAAAUUGGGGUCUGAUGUGAGGUCCCUUGUGUGGGAAGGUGACUGGAGGGUGGAUGUUCUGAUGGCUUCAUUGAAACAAAUGGACUGUGGCAACCCUGUUAAACUUCUCCUGACUGUCAAUGGGGAGCUGCUCAAGAGCAUCUACAACAGCACCCCCACUCGUCCGUUUCUGGCACCGGAGCCCACCCAGUCACCAGUCCUCCCAGAAGAUCCCAUGUCCCCCAUCCAGGUCUUGGAUGAUACCACUGAGGUUAAAGGUCAGAGUUUGGAGGUGACUGCCAGAGCACAAAGGACCAGAAGUAAGGAUUUAUCUCCACCGCCAAAAAAGCUGUUGAUGCCCCUUGCCCCAGAGUCACCCACUGGCCAGAAGGCACCCAAGGAGGCCAGGAGGAAAAUCCGCAAGCCUAGUCCUCUCCAGCUAAAGAAGCCUAGGAAAGUCUUGUUUGAGCCCAGGGCAUGUGGAGGGGAGCAGGAUGCUGAAGACUUGGAGGUGAAGGAGCUGCAAGUCUGUCCGAGCCCACGAUGGUGUCACGCCAUGUGCCUCAGUGACCCAGAAACAGCCAUUUUGAUUGGUGGAGAGGGAGCCAAUCAACAGCCUUGCAAGGAUGCUCUCUGGAAACUAGAGAUUGACAAUGAUUUCUGGUUCCCCGUGGAUUUGCCACCACUGGGUUCUGUGCCGCCCUGCUCACGUGGUCACACCGCCACCUACGACCUGGACACCAAACGCAUCUAUGUCUUUGGGGGCAUGAAGGAGGGCAAGCCCUACAGCACCAUCUACAUCCUGGACACAGCCACCUGGAAGUGGCUUCACGUGGCUGCCAAGGGGAAGGUGCCGACACUGGCCUACCACAGCGCCACCAUCUACCACAAGGAGCUUUUUAUCUUUGGAGGGACUUUCCACAAGAUGGCAUCCCUGGAGUCCAGAGCCUGCAGCAACACACUCUACGUCUUCAACCCUGAGUACAAGAUUUGGUACCAGCCCAUUGUGGAGGGAGAGAAGCCCUUACCUCGGCUCGGCCAUUCAGCCACUCUGCUGAGGAACAAGCUGGUGAUCUUUGGGGGUCAGAGGACCCCUUUGUACCUGAAUGAUGUGCAUAUCUUGGAUCUGGGUUACAUGGAGUAUGUGCCGGUCCCAUUUCUUUCAGGACAGCCUUCUUCACGCUGCUUCCAUGCUGCAAUGCCAGUGUCUGACCAGAAGGUCCUGAUCAGUGGAGGCUGCAAUGCCAAGGGAGCCCUGCAGGAUGUAUUCACCUUUCACCUUGACACCUUUGCAUGGAGCACAGUGACACACAGUCACCUCUCCUUAGUGCCCCGGGCUGGCCACACGCUGCUCAACCUCACCUCUGCCCACCUGACAGAUGUGGACAAGGAGAGCCAGAGCAAGCGCAACCUCUGCACGGUGCUGGUUUUUGGUGGCUCAGACUGUGCUGGGACCUUCUACAAUAGCACAAGCAAGAUCCAGCUGGACCUAGAGGAGACCAAGCCCAGGACAGCAGGGGUUCUGGGUCAUGGUAAAUAG